AUGCCGGCUGAAAUUGACAUUGAUGAAGCAGACGUAUUAGUCUUAUCCCAAGGAUUACAAAAGACAAGCAAACUUACUUUCCAGAUUAAUAAAUCGUUGCAAAAAAUUGCAACCACAUCCAGUCAGUCCAGCCAGCUCUUCACUCCUAUUCUAGCUAGAAACAAUGUUUUGACCACGUUACAAAGAAACAUUGAGAGUACUUUGAAUUCCGUUGCCUCUGUAAAGGAUCUCGCCAAUGAAGCCUCUAAAUAUGAAAUCAUUCUACAAAAGGGUAUUGAACAAGUCGGAUUAAAGCAAUAUACGCAGGUGAUACAUAAGUUAGAUGAUAUGCUGGAAGAUAUUCAGUCUGGACAAGCUAAUCGCGAAGAGAACUCGGAAUUUCACGGGAUUUUAACACAUUUAAAAGAAUUGAUCAAGAACAGCGAAGCUCAAUUAAGAGUAUAUUUCAUUACAAUCUUGAACAGUAUUAAACCGUUUGAUCCUCAGAUCAAUAUCGCCAAAAAGAUGCCGUUUCCUUAUUAUGAAGACCAACUGUUGGGCGUUCUUUCAUGGAUUUUAGACUAUUUUCACGGAAAUUCAGAAACUUCUACCAUACAAGACAUACUUGUCGGUGAAAGAAGUAAGUUGAUCCUUAAAUGUAUGGCGUUUCUUGAACCGUUUGCUAAGGAAGUCACCACUGCAAAAAAUGCGCCCUAUGAAAAGGGUAGUAGCGGAAUGAAUAGCUAUACAGAGGCAUUAUUGGGCUUCAUCGCUAAUGAGAAGUCAUUGGUAGAUGAUUUAUACUCUCAAUACACAGAAAUUAAACCGCAAGUACUGUCGCAAAUUUUGUCGCCUUUAAUAAGUGCGUAUGCCAAACUUUUUAACACAAAUUUGAAGAUUGUACGAAGCAAUCUCGAAAACGUUGCGUUUUUUAGUUUUGAGCUGGUCGAGAGCGUAAAUGAUGUAAAGAAAUCACUCCGAGGUAAGGAGUUACAGAAUUAUAAUCUAUUGCAAGAUUGUACCCAAGAAGUCCGUCAAGUAACCCAAUCACUAUUCAGAGACGUUAUAGAUAGGAUUAUCAAAAAAGCAAGCUCUAUCUCCACUAUUCCCUCUAACAACGGUGUCACCGAAGCAACUGUGGACACUAUGUCAAGACUGAGGAAGUUCAGUGAGUACAAAAACGGAUGUUUAGGUGCCAUGGACAAUAUCACACGUGAAAACUGGUUACCUUCCAGCUAUAAAGAAAGGGAAUACACUUUACAAAAUGAAGCAUUAAAUUGGGAGGAUCACAAUGUGUUGUUAUCAUGUUUCUUGAGUGAUUGCAUAGACACAUUGGCAGUUAAUCUCGAGAGAAAGGCACAGAUAACGUUGAUGCCUAAUCAGGAGCCAGAUGUCGCUAAUCCUAAUAGCCCAAGAAAUAAACACAAACAACGUAUUGGUUUCUUUAUCUUAAUGAACUUGACACUUGUCGAACAGAUCGUGGAAAAAUCUGAAUUGAACUCAAUGAUAGCUGGAGAAGGCCAUUCUAGGUUAGAACGGUUGAAGAAACGCUAUGUUAGUUAUAUGGUAUCUGAUUGGAGGGAUUUAACCGCAAAUUUGAUGGAUGCGGUGUUUAUCGAUAGUAGUGGUAAGAAAUCGAAAGACAAAGAACAAAUUAAAGAAAAAUUUAGGAAAUUCAACGAAGGUUUUGAAGAUUUAGUAUCGAGAACUAAGCAAUAUAAGCUUUCUGAUCCUUCAUUAAAAGUGACUUUGAAAUCGGAAAUCAUUUCAUUGGUUAUGCCUAUGUAUGAGAGGUUCUACAGCAGAUAUAAGGACUCUUUCAAGAAUCCAAGGAAGCACAUCAAAUAUACCCCUGAUGAAUUAACCAGUGUGCUGAAUCAAUUAGUUAGAUAG